GCUGUAGAGACUUUCAUGAAGCUCCGCGCCCGGGACCCCGCCAGCAGAGGAGACAGGUACAUGCUGGUCACUUUCGAGGAGCCUCCCCACGCGAUCAAGGUAACCCCCGUGAAUCGCCCUCCUUCCCCCGGGCCGGGCUGCCCGCCCCUCCCCCGCGCUCCCGGCGGCGCAGCGCAGCUCGCCCUGCACAGGCACACACAGGCUCUGGCAGCGGCGGCGGCGCUGACAUCAACAUGGCCGACAUUUUUCCUGUGCGGUGUCUGAGCAGCAGUGGACUGUGGGGGAUAUUGAUUCAAGUUAGGAGAAGUGACAGCAACUCCAAGGCGAGUUCGGCUGCCAGGGGCGGCGAGGAGCGGUACCUGCUUCGGGCCGGGCAGCCUUGGCUGGCGCUUCCCCCUCGUCGUGCGUGGAGACCUGGAGCCUCCACAUGACACAUCAGAAGGGAACCUGCUGUAGGUCAUUGACCGGCCCCGUCCGCUGCCGUGGACCAGGCUCUGGUUAUUCUAAUGACCCGCAGCUGGCUGGAAAGAAAACCAUGCAACCUUUAUGAAUGAAUUGAAAAACCUUCAAGCUGAAGGACUUACGACUCUUGGCCAGUCUCUAAGGACAGCUUUUGAUUUAUUAAACUUAAAUAGAUUAGUAACUGGCAUAGACAACUAUGGGCAGGGAAGAAACCCUUUUUUUCUGGAGCCAGCAAUAAUUAUAACAGUUACUGACGGGAGUAAAUUAACUACCACGAGUGGGAUACAGGAUGAGCUCCAUUUACCUCUCAAUUCUCCUUUACCUGGAAGUGAAUUGACUAAGGAACCUUUUCGCUGGGAUCAGAGACUAUUUGCUUUAGUUCUGCGUUUGCCUGGCAUCACAACUCCAGAAUCAGAGCAGAUAGCAGGUGUGCCCGUUGAUGACUCAGCAAUCACACCUAUGUGUGAAGUCACAGGAGGUCGCUCGUAUUGUGUGUGUUCUCCAAGAAUGCUGAAUCAGUGUCUUGAGUCACUGGUUCAAAAAGUGCAAAGUGGAGUAGUAAUAAACUUUGAAAAAUCUGGACCAGAUCCUUCACCAACUGAAGAUGGACAGAUGGAUAUAGCUAGGUCUUUUGGACCCCACCCUUGGCACAGCUGUCACAAACUUAUCUAUGUCAGACCAAACCCUAAAACUGGAGUUCCCAUAGGCCACUGGCCUGUUCCAGAAUCCUUUUGGCCAGAUCAAAAUUCUCCAACAUUGCCACCUCGCACAUCUCACCCUGUAGUGAAGUUCUCCUGCACUGACUGUGAACCAAUGGUCAUUGACAAACUACCUUUUGAUAAAUAUGAGUUAGAACCUUCACCGCUGACCCAGUUUAUUCUGGAAAGGAAAUCUCCUCAGACCUGCUGGCAGGUGUAUGUGAGCAAUAGUGCAAAAUAUAGUGAACUUGGCCAUCCUUUUGGUUACUUGAAAGCCAGUACAGCACUGAAUUGUGUGAACCUGUUUGUGAUGCCUUACAAUUAUCCAGUCCUCCUUCCCCUCUUAGAUGACUUAUUCAAAGUACACAAGGCAAAGCCAACCUUAAAAUGGCGGCAGUCAUUUGAAAGCUAUUUGAAGACAAUGCCUCCUUACUAUCUAGGGCCUUUGAAGAAAGCUGUGAGAAUGAUGGGAGCGCCUAACCUUAUAGCAGAUGGUGUGGAAUAUGGACUUAGUUACAGUGUCAUUGCAUACCUCAAAAAGUUGAGUCAACAGGCCAAAAUAGAGUCCGAUAGAGUCAUUGGCUCUGUAGGCAAAAAGGUAGCGCAAGAGACUGGAAUUAAGGUCAGAAGCAGAUCACACAACCUGUCUAUGGCACAUAGGAACGAUUUUCAACAACUGCUACAGGGGAUUACUGGGGAAAUUCCUCAUAGACUUCUAGACCUCAAUAUGAAGGAGUAUGCUGGGUUCCAAAUAGCUUUGCUGAAUAAGGAAUUGAAACCUCAGACCUUUAGAAAUGCUUAUGAUAUACCCAGAAGGAAUCUUUUGGAUCACUUAACAAGAAUGAGGUCUAAUCUUAUGAAGAUAACUCGCAAGUUUCUCAAAGGACAAGAUGAAGAUCAAGUUCACAGUGUACCAAUAGCACAAAUGGGAAAUUAUCAGGAGUACCUAAAACAGAUACCAUCUCCUCUUCGAGAGCUUGACCCUGAUCAACCCCGAAGGCUACAUACAUUUGGUAAUCCAUUUAAAUUGGACAAGAAGGGAAUGAUGAUAGAUGAGGCAGAUGAAUUUGUAUCAGGGCCUCAAAAUAAACACAAACGACCCGGAGAACCAAAUAUGCAAGGGAUUCCUAAAAGACGUCGGUGUAUGUCACCCCUUCUCAGAGGCCGGCCACAGACUCCUCCUGUCAUGAACAAUCACAUUGGAGGAAAAGGGCCACCUACACCUGUAACACAAGCACAGCCAGAUCUUGUUAAACCUAUUCCUAUUCACAAAACUUCAGAAACCAAUAACGAGAUUGCAGCGGAUGAUGCGACUGAGAAUCAUGUUGCAGACCCACUUUCAUCAGAUGUUUUUCCAAAUGCUAUGGAUUCUGACUUUUCAGUGUCCCCCUCUCCAUUCAAUUCAUUGGAUGGACCAACAACUCAUUCAGAGGAUCUAGGCCAUGAACAUUUAGGAACUAAUAACCUUAACAUCGAUGAAUUUAUGAAAAAUGAAGAGUUGGGUGGUAAAGAGCGAAGUACUCAAGAAAACUUGCCAGCAUCUUCGCCCAACAAAGGGAAAAAAGUGAUACAUUCCAGAAGUGCAAGAGAGGUUAAUAUAGAACUAAAAGCACAAAUUAUGAAGGAGAUUAGAAAGCCGGGAAGAAAAUAUGAAAGAAUCUUCUUUUUACUGAAGCAUGUACAAGGCAGUUUACAAACACGACUGAUAUUUUUACAGAAUGUUAUUAAAGAAGCCUCAAGGUUUAAAAAACGAAUGCUGAUAGAACAGCUUGAGGGUUUUCUGGAAGAAAUCCAUCGCAGAUCUAACCAAGUCAACCAUAUCAACAGCAGCUAAGAGAUGUUUUACACAUAGAAAAGCCACAACAGGGCACAGCUGUAUUACCUGCAUUCAUUUUUGACAUGCACUCUUGGCUCAAGUCCCCUAUCUGAAAGACUAAAAGCUGCUCUCUAGUAUGAUGGAAAAAGUAUAUGUAAUCUUUUUCUUCAUUUCUGUUAUUUUUGUAAUGUGAAAAAUAUCACUAAAAGCAUUUUUAUUUAACAAACUAAAAAUAGAGAAUUUCUUGCUUGUCAUUGACUUAAAUGUCACUUUCCCUCAGGUUCUAUUUUCUUAACCCAACCUUCAAAACUAUCAUCUCUGUUAAGGUUGAACUUUGCCAAAAAAAAAAAAAAAAAAAAAAAAAAAAGUUGCUUUGUAAUUUUCAAAAAAAGCACAUACAUUAAACAAGGUAAUGUUUUGUAUAUACAGUUAUUUUGGAUAUAUUAUUGUAAGUUGUACAAAUGUAUUUUGAAAAAUAUUUAAGAAAAGCACUUUUGUUAUUCCAUCAAUAAAAAAAACCCUCUAUUUUAA